UCCACAAAAAGCAUGACGGCGAGGAAUUUUUCGUGAAGAAUAAACCUUAUAUUCCGCCGUUUUUCGAAGAGCACUCGCUGUUUAACAACAGCUCUGUGUUUAAUUUGUGAUAAAUUACUUAUUGAAUAUACGGCAUGAUGGUGGAGAGCUCCGCAUUUACGAGGAAUGAUGUAUUCCAAAUGGCAAUACGGGUUGCAUUUGUGUCUGCAGUGACUUAUUUCUCAAUAAAAUGGCUGGUGAACCAAAUAGACCCAACUUCCAAGAGUCGGAAGAAGGCGGAGGAGCGAGCUCGUGAACAGUUACGCAAGGUGUCUUGCAGAGCGGGCCUGAGCGGACGGCAGUCCCUGCAGCUGGACAAGCUGACCGACCACGAGAUGAUCAUCGCUUCACAGCUCGUCGUGCCCGAUGAGAUUAAUGUGAACUGGAAAGACAUAGCUGGCCUGGACAACCUGAUCCAGGAGCUGCGAGAGACGGUCAUCCUGCCGAUACAGAAGCGAGAGCUGUUCGCCGACAGUCGCCUCACACAGCCGCCUAAGGGUGUCCUGCUGCAUGGACCUCCUGGUUGCGGCAAGACCCUCAUAGCGAAGGCGACAGCGAAAGAGGCGAAUAUGUCGUUCAUAAACUUGGACGUGUCUCUACUCACGGACAAGUGGUAUGGCGAGACGCAGAAACUUGCCUCUGCCGUGUUCAGCCUCGCUGUGAAGCUGCAGCCGUGCAUCGUGUUCAUAGACGAGAUCGAGUCGUUCCUGCGCACGCGCACUCAACACGACCACGAGGCGACGGCCAUGAUGAAGACGCAGUUCAUGUCGCUGUGGGACGGACUCAUUACCGACCCGGGGUGCACCGUUAUUAUUAUGGGCGCCACCAACCGGCCGCAGGACCUGGACAAGGCCAUCCAGCGCCGCAUGCCGGCCACCUUCCACGUGCCGAUGCCCAACGAGACGCAGCGCGAGCGCAUCCUGCAGCUCAUCCUGCGCUCCGAGCCCGUUGCCAGCGAUAUUGAAUACAAGCGGCUAGCGACGGCGACGGAGGGUUUCUCCGGGUCGGACCUGCAGGAGCUGUGCCGGCAGGCCGCCGUGUACCGCGUGCGGGACCUGGCAAGGGACGAGCUGGCCCGCGAACAGAAUGAGACGAAAUCAGUGAAAUCAACCAAGACUUCCUCGGAGUCCGAGGACGAGUUCGUGGACGCCGUGCGGCCGAUCACCAUGGACGACCUGCGCACGUCUCUCGCCAAGUUGCGCGAGUCCAAGAUACAGUGCGGCUCGCUCGCGCCCACCAUGAGGUUAGAGCUCGACUAGUACCUACUGUAGGUCAAUGUUAAAUAGCUAUACGUGUGGCAAGUGCUUGAAGCGAGGCAACUACAUAUAUGGCUCCAUCUUGCGCGCGCUUGAGGCCAUCGAGAUGAGCAACCCGCUUCUACCGACAGACAAACAAACUUGACGCUUAAGAGCAACAGUAGGGUCUGCACGGCAACCGCGCCGAACGCGGCGGUUUAUAUCGAGGUCUUCGCCGUUUGACGUCCAUCUACGUAGAUAGCAUUCGUAUCGUUUACUAGCUUUUGCCCGCGACUUCGUCCGCGUGGCGUGUUAUAAAAGAGAGAUCAUUGUGUGUGUGGGAGUGCAUAUCAAAUUUCAAGCAUCUAACUUAUGCAGUUUAGAUUUUUUCAUACAGUUUUUUUUCCCGCUAACUCCCGUUUCCGUGGGAAUUUUGCAAUAUCCUGUUGCAACUAAGCUUUAAGUUAACUAAGGUACCUGCAUGCCAAAUUUCAAGCGUCUAACUUAAGCGGUUUAGAUUUUUUAUACAAAAGGAUUUUCCCGCUAAUUCUCGUUCCCGUUGGAAUUCCGGGAAUUACUUUCUUAGUGCACCUCUACGGUACCUAAUCUAUGUCUCUUCCAAAUUUCAAGUGCCUACGUUUAGCCGUUUAGGCUGUGCGUUGAUAUGUCAGUCAGUCAGUUUCUCCUUUUAUAUAUUUAGAGAUUGGUCUUGAUUUGAUUGGUCUUGAUUGGAUUGAUCGUGAUUGGAUUGGUUGGCGCGGUUGUCGAGCAGACCCAGCAGGUAUUUAUUGUCAGUAUCUCACUUACACUUACAUCACCCAUUUUGUAAAAUUAAAUGAUAGAUAUAGACACUCCCGUAUCCCUACCAGGGUGGGCAGACCUAUGAGUCGACAUAAAGCAACUUGCACACUUACCACCUUACAAAUAAAAAAUAAACCAGGGAUGAAUGCUGGUUUAAGUAUUUGACAGCCAAGCAAAAUUGAAUCCAUCAUCAUCAUCAUCAGCCCAUUAACGUCCCCACUGCUGGGGCACGGGCCUUCCCUAUGGAUGGAUAGGGAGAUCGGGCCUUAAACCAUCACGCGGGCCCAGUGCGGAUUGAUGGUUAUUAACGACUGCUAAUGCAACCGGGACCAACGGCUUAACGUGCAUUCCGAAGCACGGAGGAGCUCGAGAUGAAAACUUUUUUUGUGUGGUCACCCAUCCUAUGACCGGCCUUUGCGAAAGUUGCUUUACUUCAACAAUCGCAGACCGAGCGCGUUAACCGCUGCGCCACCGAGCUCCUCAAAUUGAAUCCAAUUAUCAUACAAUUCGACUGAACUUUGCUUGGCUGUCAAAAAUACUUAAACCCACAUUCAGCCCUGGUAUAUUUUUUAUUUGUAAGGUGGUUAGUUUUGCCAGUGAAAACUUAAUAAAAUUUCACAAAAUGGGCUCUUUUCAGGUAGAAUUUAAAAUUGUGUUAUAUUAUUUGUAAUACAUAAACUAUUAAUUUUCGAAGUAUAAAAACUCUCACUUGCAUCGUAGUGUUUGAUAAGACAUGAGAGUUUAGUUCGACCGCACAUAUAUUUCUAUGAAACUCUUUUGUUCUAGAAUAUUCUAGUUGUUUCUAGAAGGUUCUAUAAGUUGCUCUUUAAGCGUUAAGUGGUGUUCGAUACUUGAUAAUCUAAAUCGGUAUAAUACAACUCAUCUGAUUUAAAUAUAAGGUCUUGUUAAUGUACUAGCGGCAAACCAAAAUGUUGUAAUAUAUAUGGUCAUAUGUUCAUUAGAACCCUAUCGCUUUAACAUAUUUAGAUAUUUAGUGAGACAUUGGUAGACAGUAUUUAAUUUUAUUUAAAGUUAUACCUGUCAUUUUCUUAUCCGCCGAAAAGGAAAGGGACGGGUAAUCGACAAGCAUAAAAUUUAUGGAACACACGUCAAUUUUAAGCACAAAUCUAUAAUAACCCUAUAAAAAAUUGACAUUGACCAAUAACCCGAAAAUUAAGUUGACGGACACUUCAAACUGUUUGCAAACCAGCGAGAUACCUAUUUGAUUUGUCCGGGUUAUUCAUUUACUUUUUCAUUCACAGCUGUCAAUCAUCCGUCCUUUUCCUUUUCGGCGGAAAAUGACAGCUAAUAAUUUAAAAUGACGAGGUUUCUGCAGGCAUCGGCGCGUUCGUUUCAGUUUUAUAAAUAAGUUAUACCUACCCUAUUCAACGUAUCUUGAUUAGAGUAACGUAUCUCUCGUCCCUUUCUUACUGAGCUGUGUACCGUUAGUGCGAAAGAGACGAAAUCUCGCGUUUCCACGCGAUGUACUUUAUCACUUUCCUGCUGUCAUUCUCAAUCAUGCUACGUUAAAUAGUGUAUAAUGCGACAGGUUUCUAAAGUAACUAUUUUACAUGGCCGUAUAUUUGUUGGUUGGUGAAAGCCUAAGAUAGAGUGAGAUAGUUCGCCUUGCUCCAUCACGGAUAUCUAUACUAAACUUGUCUUGUUACCAUAGACUUUUUUUCCUUUUGCCCAUUUGAGGGUCAGGCUAAGAUCAUAAGACCAUGCUGCCUAAUUACCAUAGACUUAAAUUCGUCUUCUUUUCUUAUUUUUCUAUGUAAAUAGCGCUUCAGUGAUCAUCUCUUUUCAAUACGUUUUUUUUUGUAUUGUUUUUUUAUUGGUAGAACUAAAUAUAAUAACUAUGAAUAUUAUGGCUGUUUUGGGCAGAGUAACUGUGGUUAUGUCGAAUUGUGCCCAUAUUUAUAGUUAGCAAAUGUAAUUAACAACAACCCUUCCAACACGCGCAACGUGAUAAAAUUAUCGAUUAAGUCGAUAAGUUUGUCGUUUUCCCUAACAUGCGUGUCACACAAAAUGCGCGAUAAAAUUACCAUCACGAUAAACUUUUAUCACAUCGAGAAACCGAUGCAGCCAUUUUGUAAAAAAUACAGUAUUUGGCAAUAUGCAUACUUUUCGUAUUCAUUCAUCCAAUCCUUUCUCAAUUCCACGUCAGUUUAAGCUAAAACACUUUAAUCCAAGCUUAUUUUUCUCAUUAAAAAAUAAAAAGUGACAGUUUGGACGUACCGCGUAGAUGUGUCAAAAGUCCACAGAAUGCGAUAAAAAUAUGCUGCAUAGUGAUACCUUUGGUUGGACGCACUUAUAUGGACAUUCUCUAUGGACAAAUGUGGUUCCUGUACUUGACAUUGGCAGUAAUGGUUGUCUCUACUCUAUGACGACCGGUUGCCAUGCAACCAUAAAAUUGAAGUUGAAAUAUGCUGCAAUGUUAACGUUCAUCGGCAAUAUAUCACGUUGUGGUACAGAACACGACAGAACGACAUGACAUUUUUGGUUUGCCAUCGACAAAACGACGUAUAUCGUCAAAAUCGAUAAAAUGACCGUGACAAAAUUUUAUCACGUUGCGCAUUUAUCACGUUGGCUGGCAAAAGAACAUCAUUAUAGAAAUUGUAGUGUUAUGUCUAUCUUAUAGGUAUUAAUAUUGAAUGUUUAUAAGGCCUGUCAAGCGAGAGUUGGUAAAUUAAAUAAUGUUUGGUUCGUAAAUGUCUUUAUAACUAAGUAUCGCUUUAGCUAAGGCAUAGCUUUGGUUAAGGAUAUUGAUACCGACCGCGCCGGCGUGGUCGACGAUUUCCCGCAUUCAGGGCUUACCGCUAUCGGCCCACUAGGGUCGAUUAAUUCUUUCAAUCCAACAAUAUAAUCCUCUCAGACGAUACCCUGAGCCGAGGUUCGCGCCCAACUGGGCACCCUUGAGCCUGUUGUGUUAAAUCUGGUACCUGGUGAGAGCCCUCAGCGCUCCCCAUUUGUCCGGCCAAGUAGUAAAUGCAAUUUCCGGCAAAUCUACAAUAAGUUUUUUAAAAAAAGGCACUUUGGCCAGGCGCGCACUACGAGUUUUUCGCGGCGCGGCAGAAAAGAGCAGCGGCAUAAUGUCGCACUGUAAUACUGCGCCGCUGCGGUGGCUCUGCCGUCAAGUGCGCGUAACACAAUCUAAAACUGUUUGGUACAGUAUUACAGUGCGACAUUAUGCCGCUGCUUUUUUCUGCCGCGCGGCGAAAAACUCGUAGUGCGCGCCUGGCCUUUGGGAGGCUGUUAGUGCUCAACCCACCAACGGAUCCACAGCUAAUCUUCACGGGGUUUCAUAAUACAGGCGGGUUAAAAAGGCCACAUCGAAGCAAUUCAUCUAAAAAAGCAAUAUUGCAAUUUGACAUUUGCGCAUAUAAAAGUAAGUGCGCAAUGCAAAGAAAUGUCAAAUAACAAUAUUGCUUUUUCAGAUGAUUUUUUUUGAUGUGAACUUUUUAACUUUCUAGCUCUUUGAACGAUCCUACAAGUUCUCUUCAGAAAAACUGUCAAAAUUUCCGCCUUGUUCAGGACUACAGAGCAUAUACAUGUUAAUGGUCGUGACUGUACUCUCACCCUGGACAUUCCAUACAAAAAUCUCACUCUUACCGUAAGUGCGAGCGAGACAGAGUCCACGCGCUGUCCCUUACCCCUUAGCGGCUUACGGUCACUUAAGACUAAAGUAAGACCCAGAACGCGGUGAGGUCGGCGUCGGUACGAAUUGGUGCGCGGCAGAGAGUUACCGUUCUAUACGUAGUAUUCUUUAUUCUAUGACCGUACUAUCAACUCUCGCUAGAAAGACCAGAGGGACGCCUCCCCAACAAGAUACCUGAUUAAAUAAAUUAUCAAAUCGUUGCUAGCUCGUAUCGAAUUUUAACGUGGUUCGAAUAAUGAAGAUAUUUACGUGUGUUUCAAAUGGCAAAUGUAAAUUACGCUUCGGUAGACAGUUGUGAAUUUUAUAUUUACAUAAUAAAUAUAAUGAGUGUGUUCGUAAAUGUGUAAUAGAGUGAAACUAAGUACUGUUGUUGUAAAUAUAUUCCUCUACGGCUAAUAGUUUUGUCAAAAACAAUCAUAACUAGAGGUAAAAAAUGUUUAAUAAUGGUGUCGAUUCGUGCAACCACCAACUUAAUAUUAACUUAAUUUGACUACUUAGCUGCAUCUUUUUCUUGCACGUAUUGUGAGUGAAGGAUGGCAACAAUUCAUGUCAGUCUAAAAUUAGGUUAAGUUUGUUUCCACCCGCAUAGGCACUAAUUGGCCGCGGUUUUGCACCAAUUAGCCAAAAGAUCUUUUAGGAAUUUAAUUUUAUAAUGCAACUAACAAUGUUCCGUUUCACGUAAAAUAAUUUGAAUAUCGAAUAUUUUUGCCAAAUAUGCCAGAUAUGAUUGCCAAAGUUUGGCCAUAUCAUAACGUACUCAUAUUAGUUGCUCAUAACGUCAAAUGUUUCAUUUUCAUUGAUCUGGCCAAACUACAUCAUGAUUUGGCCAACGAGUGCUAUUCCAAUUCAUGAAAUGGUCGAAUUUCUAUCACGCUACUCCACUGCGGGUUGGUGGAGGUGUUUUUACGGCUAUUAGCCGGGACCUUAACGUGCCUCAGGAGCACGAAAUCUUGUUACUUUUUCACUGGUACUCAAUAUCACCAUAAUCAUGUUAAAUGAUCGAAGUGCUUUAUAGAUCUGUUUUCACUUUUCCUUCAUUCAUUUGCUAAACGCAUAAUGCUAUCAAAUCGUGCCAAUAGAUAAAGUUCUAUGUAAGUUAUCCCAGUGUUCUUCGUCAUCACAAUAACUUGUCUUAUCGUGUUUUCGCAUGUUGCCUAGGGUACGCAGAAACAGCCACUUCUUGCGCCCUAGAUUUCGGCCUUUUUGCGAAUGGGACAUUAUGCUGUUUUAAGCCUAAUUUAACCUCGUAAGAACCGGACUUCCAGACGCAAAAUAGUAAAAAAAAUAGCGUUAAAUAAUGGGAUUCUCAUUUUAAAAGGCGUCUGGUUCUUAAGAGGAUAGUUUUCGUGGAAGUGUCAUUUUCUAAGGCCUCGUUUAUGACCAAGCGGUAAAUUUUGCGGUGAAUUCAAACAUAUGGCGAUCCAUAAUAGCGUUCACGCAGAAGCGUUGUAAUUAAGCACGCUCAGCUGAAAUGAUUAUCACGUGCUCAGCGGUGAAGGAAAACAUCGUGAGGAAACCCACAUUCCCGCUAAAUUUUCGAAGGUCUGUGACCUAACCUGUGUUGGGCUGGUUUUCCCUUCGCUGGUUGGAAGGUCAGAAAGGUAGUCGCUUCUGUAAAAACCGAACUUGUCAAAACUUCAGGUUACGUAAGCGGCGUGAAAAAGAAAAGGAUGCUAGGCCGAUGAUGAUGAUGAAGCACGCUCAAUACCUCGCGAGACCUAAGAAAACACCCCCUUUUAUAUAAAUAAAGAAUAAAUAAAGAAAUAGUGUUACAUUGAUGAAAGUAUUUAUUAACGCGUGCAUUUGAUGUAAUAUAAUAAUAAUGUUAUAUUAUGUUUGGUUUACAGAGUGAUAGCUUUAGAAUAGCACGGGCUGUGUAAAUUGUUAAGUUAUUAAGGCUUUUAGCUUUGUUACUUGGUUGUAAUACUUCUAGUUGACGAAUAGGAUGAUAGCACCUGGUACAAUCAAAGAGCAAAAGUUCAGUCACUGAGCCUAGCGAAUUAUUUGUAAACAUACACAUACAUACAUAAACUCACGCCCGUAAUCCCAAAUGGGGUGGGCAGAGCCACAAGUAAUCAAAGACAAAACAAAACAUUAACGUUAUUUGUAAACAGUGGUGAAAUUAUGAAUCAUUCGUUGUCAUAAUUAUAAAAUUCGUUUUUGUAGGUGUUUAUGGUCUAUUACAGAAACGACAUGUAACCAGGUCUUAAGUGCAACCAGUUAAUUUAUUACUUUGCAAGAAACUGAUUGGACUUUUGCAGCUUGUCGUACAUUUAAACGCGUAUUAACUUGGAAAACCUACUUCAGUACGUCACCGUCUGAGACGAAGUAGGAUUUAUAGUUUGGAAAUCCUUGCUCAGUUCGUCUCCGGUCGAUGGGGACAUAUUGAAGUACAGUUUCGAUAUACGCCGCCAGUUUCAGUUAGGUAGGAAUGGAACAGCACCUGUAUUCCUAGUUGUCUACAACAGUGGUUUUAGUAACUGUUAAUGAGUCUCGUACGAAUUCGAAAAAAGAAUAAUUACAAAUGACUCUUAACUAGAUACAUGGAAAAUGGCGGCCUU